AUGCGGUCGCCGGCGCUGCUGCCGGUGCUGCUGCCUGCUCUGACUCUAUCUCUGGUCUCCGGGGUGGGUCGGUCGGGCGGCGUGUGUCCGUACAGCGGCUCGGUGGCCGACUGCGCCGCUCGGAACCUCACCUCCCCUCCGUCCGGUCUGUCCCAGAACACCACCGAGCUGCUGCUGCAGCACAACCGGCUGGGGCGGCUCGACUUUGGCCGGCUCGGCCUGCUGCAGCGGCUGGAGCUGCUCAACUGCAGCGGGUCCGGCCUGAGAGCCAUCAGCGGCAGCGGCGCCGGCCUGCCCAGUCUGCAGCGGCUCGACCUCAGCGGGAACCUGCUCUCCGCCGUCUCGGCCAACACGUUCCGCAGUUUCACGGCGCUGCGCCAGCUGGACCUGUCGCGGAACCGGAUCGGCAGCGUGGCCGACGCCGGCCUGGUGCUGCCGCGGCUCACCGAGCUCGAUCUGUCGCACAACCUGCUCACGGCGCUCACCCGGUACACGCUGAUCGACCUCACCGAGCUGCAGUCGGUGGAUCUCUCACACAACCUGCUGCUGAGGGUGGCGGGCGGCGCGUUCGCCGGCGCCCGCAACUUCUCUCGUCUGGACCUGUCCUCCAACCGGCUGAGUCGGCUGCACGUGGCUGCGCUCCGUGGACUGCACGUGCAGACACUGGAUCUGUCCGAUAAUAUGUUCCGGAAUCUGCCGACUGAGGCGCUGAAGGCGGUGAAAUUUGCCGGGGUGCUGGAGCUGAGCGGUAACCCGGUGGAGCGGCUCGGCACCCGCGCUCUUCACAAGGUGAGCGCGCGUCAGGUGCAGCUCAGCCGGGCGGCCCCACUGCGGCGCGUGGCGCGUCACGCGGUGGACGACUGUCCACUGCUGGAGCGACUGACGCUCUCCGACAAUCCGCGGCUCGACUUUGUCCAGCCGGAGAUGGCCCGGCGGGUGCCCCGACUGCGCCACCUGGAUCUCUCCGGGAACGGUCUGCUGACGCUGCACCCGGCCGCCGUGCCCGACUCCGUGCAGCGGCUGGACCUGCGCCGGAACCCUCUGCGCUGCGACUGCACGCUGCGCUGGCUGGUCGGAGGCCAGAGGCAGCUCACGGCUGCGGUGGGAGACGUCUGCGCGCCGGCCGGCCUGAGCGCGCUCCCACCGCGCUGCGCCCCGCACGUGCUGCCUCUGUUCGCGGAGAACCGGACAGAGCGGCUCGGCGAGUCGGCCCGCUUCCUGUGCUCGGGCGGCGGCGUGCCGGCGGCCAGCCUGCUGUGGACGCUGCCCGCGGGCGGCGGCCUGUCGGAGGGCCAGUGCGCAGGUCGGGUGUGUCACGAGAGGGGCCGGCUCACUGUCCGCUACCUUCACACCAACGACAGCGGCCGCUACACGUGCGCUGCGUCCAACGCCCUGGGCCAGUCUCACCGUUCGGUGACACUCGCCGUGCGCAGUCCGCGGGUCGUCCUCGAGCCCGUCUCCGUGACCUCCACCUUCGUCACUGUGUCCUGGAGCGUGACUGGCGGCGCUGCCGUGCUGCUCGGUCAGCGCCGCGCCACCGACACCAACACCACCCACUUCAGCGCGCACAGCCUGGGCCUGCAGGCGCAGAGUUUCACCUUCAGCCAGCUGGCCCCGGGCACCGAGUACACCUUCUCAGUGGCGCUGCAACGCGCCGAGUUCGUCAUCCCGCUGAAGGCACUGACGGUGACCACCAGGCGCGCCGGGUUCCUGCACAUGCGCGGCCGGCGCAGAAACUACACUACCGUCAUCGCCAUGGCGGUGCCGGCCACGCUCAUCGUGCUCACCUGUCUGGGCGUGUGGGUGCGCAAGCUGCACCACUGGCGCCGCCACAGGAGGCACCUGACGCUGCAGCAGCUGGCGCGAGGCGGCGGCGGCGGAGGCGGCGUGCUGCCCAGCGUCUCCAACACCUCCGACAUGGCUCUGCUGAACCACGCGGCGGCCGUGCACGCCAGCGAGCAGCGCGCCGAGGGGCCCGAGCCGCUGCUCGAGACGGCCGACGUGGGCUGUCUCAGCCAGUCCACGGACGAACUGGUGCCCACCUCCGCCGGGCGAGCAGCCGGGGCCGGGGGCUCGUCCACGGACGAACUGGUACCCGCCUCCGCCGGGCGAGCCGCCGGGGCCGGGGGCUCGAGCGUGGAGAGGGACGCGGCACAGGCCCCGAGCUUGAAGUCUGAGAGGGACGGUGCGCCGACUGGUUCGUGCGCAGUGAUUUCAGUAGGCACUCGGCAGGAAAACAGAGCGUCCGCGCCGCCUGUGGCGAGUGAUGUGGUAGGGAGAAUCUGACUGCGUUGAGGUUGGUACAUGCGUGUGUGUUUCUGCGCGAGCGUUCUUCCUUGCUGACCCAGUGAUGCUACUGUACAAAGACGUCGCCCCUAGUUUUCCUGGAGAGACUAGCGAGGGAGCGGUGAUGAGGUAACCGCUGGUCUGCGGACGGUAGGUGGUUCCGCACAAAUAAUAUGUGUUGUUUGUUGACGUCGGUCAUAAAAUACAGUUUAACAAAUG